UUUCCGGCUGUUCCUCCUAGAGGCACCUGGCAGUAGGUGUGAGGUGAUCUAGCCUGGCUCCCAGCGUAGCCUGGCUCCCUGGUGUCUGAUGAUGAGUUUGACCCCCUCCAGGGGAUGCCUCCUGGACCUGCCCUGGGAAGACAUCUUGGUUCCACAUAUCCUCUGUCAUCUGCCAUUGCAGCAGCUCCUGAGCCUGCAGAGGGUCAGCAAGUCGUUCCAGUCUCUCAUCCAGCUGUACCUGGCCAACAUGCGCUGCUUUGACUCAAGCCAGAUCGGACCUGCCAUCCCGCGAGCUGCUUUUGUUAACCUGCUGAAGGACAACGAAGUACUGCAGCAGCUGGCGCUCCAGAACUGCUCCGACUGGCUGACAGACAGGGAGCUGCUCCCGGUCAUCGGGCAGAACCACCACCUGCACCAGAUCCAGCUAAAGGGCUGCGCCCAGCUCAGCCGCCACGCGCUGGUGGCCAUCUCGCUGAGCUGCCCCAACCUGCGCCGGCUCUCCCUGGCUCACUGCGAGUGGGUGGACAGCCUGUCCCUGCGCAGCCUGGCUGACCACUGCAAGGCACUGGAGGCUGUGGACCUGACGGCCUGUCGCCAGCUGAAGGACGAGGCUAUCUGCUACCUGGUGCAGAAGUGCAGCAGGCUCAAGUCUCUGUCGCUGGCUGUCAAUGCCAAUGUGGGUGACAUGGCGGUCGAGGAGAUUGCCAAGUGCUGCCCCGAGCUGGAGCACCUGGACCUCACGGGGUGUCUGCGAGUCAAGAAUGACUCCAUCAGGGUCCUGGCCGAGUACUGUCCCAAGCUGCGCUCGCUGAAGGUGAAGCAUUGCCACAAUGUGGCCGAGUCCAGCUUGAGCAUCCUCCGAAGUCGUGGCGUGGAGCUGGAUGUGGAGCCUCCGCUGCAGAGGGCUCUCGUUCUCCUGCAGGACGUGGUUGGCUUCGCUCCUUUCAUUAACCUCCAGAUCUAGAACUGUUGUUGCCGGGGAGGGGGGGACUGACAUGACACUGGGAUCCCGGGAGGAUGCCAGAACUGGCUGCUGCGGAGA